AUGGUUUUCCCAAUUUUACCUUUCUUUACCAAUGGCAAAGAUCUGAGAAGUGUGGUAGAGGUCAAACCCUUUAUUUCAUUGAGUGGCCAAGCUUUACUCGAUUUGUCACAGAUCGAGAUCGCAGAGGCUGCUGCUUUUGUCGAAGAAAAUACGGCUUUCAAAUUCGUGUGUGGUCUUCUGAAGUCUGACCACCAGAUCAGCGAUAAUGAUAUCAUAAGUUUUGUGAACAGCGGUAUCGCAGUUUUGUUUGUUGCCAACGAAACAGAAGCAACUCGUUUGCAAGAUCUAGGAAUCCCAAAGGAAAGAGUAGCCGUAGACAGUGGAUCGGCAUACGCUAGUCGUUUUGAAGUAGUUCAAGAUUUCCAAAAAGACUUGAUUAUCGACGCUGGCAGUCUUACUGAAACUCAAAUGGCACAAUCGUUAAUCUCUACCCUACGGACUGACCGUGCAGACAAGCUUUAUACUACUUUGGUAGUCGACUCUUACGAGCGCUGUUUGGGGCUGGUCUACUCAUCUGAAGAAUCGAUCAAGUUGGCUAUUCAGAAACAAGUUGGUAUUUACUACUCGAGGUCCAGAAAUGAGAUAUGGGAAAAAGGCCUCACUUCUGGCAACACACAAAAGCUGGUCAACAUCCGACUCGACUGCGACGGCGAUGCCUUGAAGUUCGUUGUUGUGCAAGAGGGUAAAAAGUCAGAUUUUUGCCACUUGAAUACUGCAUCAUGUUACGGUGAAUUCCAAAGCGGCCUAGUCGGUCUGGAGCAACUACUGCGUCAGAGAUUUGAAAAUGCUCCUGAAAAGUCCUACACGCGCAGACUGUUCAAUGAUCCUGACCUAUUGACUGCAAAAAUAAAGGAAGAGGCGGAAGAACUUACUGAAGCCAACACGAAGAGUGAAAUUUCGUGGGAAGCCGCUGACUUGUUUUACUUCGCUAUGGUAAAACUUGUCGCCAGCGGUGUUUCAUUGGAAGCCGUUGAAAGAAAUUUGCACAUCAAACAUCUGAAAGUCACCAGAAGACAGGGUGAUGCUAAAGCUAAGUUUAUUAAGCAAGAGACUAAACCGCAACCAGCUCAGGAAACGGAAUCUUCGCUAUCAGGACUUAUCAACCUCGCAGUGGUAUCUGGAAAGGACAAGAAAGGUGUUGAAGCCGCUCUGGAAAGACCAAUCCAGAGGACUUCAGAGAUCAUGCAUUUGGUAAAUCCUAUUGUGGAGAAGGUUAAAUCUGAAGGCAACAAAGCUUUGAUUGAAUUUACCAACAAAUUUGACGGUGUGAAGCUUGAGAAUCCUGUUUUGGAAGCUCCUUUCCCUGAAGAGUACCUAGAGGGCUUAACUCAAGAAAUGAGAGAUGCUCUAGAUCUUUCAAUUGAGAAUGUGCGCAAAUUCCACGACGCUCAAUUGCAGAAAGAAGUCUUGCAAGUCGAAACCCAACCAGGUGUUCUGUGUUCCCGUUUCCCACGUCCUAUUGAGAAAGUUGGUCUUUACAUUCCCGGUGGUACUGCUGUCCUACCUAGUACGGCGUUGAUGCUGGGUGUUCCAGCCCGUGUUGCUCAAUGUAAGGAAAUCGUGUUUGCAUCACCUCCACGCAAGUCAGAUGGUAGAGUGUCUCCAGAGGUCGUUUACGUGGCGCAGAAAGUCGGUGCGUCAAAGAUCGUUCUAGCGGGAGGUGCUCAAGCCGUCGCUGCAAUGGCCUACGGUACCGAAACCAUUCCUAAAGUUGAUAAAAUAUUGGGACCUGGUAACCAAUUUGUGACCGCAGCUAAGAUGUAUGUCCAAAACGAUACACAAGCGUUAUGUUCUAUUGACAUGCCAGCUGGCCCUAGUGAAGUUCUGGUAGUUGCCGAUGAGCACGCUGAUGCAGAUUUUGUUGCAUCCGAUUUGCUUUCACAGGCAGAACACGGGAUCGAUUCUCAGGUUAUACUGGUUGGUGUUUCGUUGAGUGAACAGAAGAUUGCGGAGAUACAAAACGCGUUACACGAACAGGCAUUGAAGCUACCUCGUGUAGAUAUUGUUCGCAAGUGUAUCGCCCACAGUUCUGCAGUUUUGUGCGACUCUUAUGAGGAGGCCUUCGACAUGUCUAACGACUAUGCGCCCGAACACUUGAUUUUGCAAAUCAAGGAUGCUGCUGAUUAUGUUCCUCUGGUUUUCAACGCAGGCAGUGUGUUUGUCGGUGCGUACACUCCAGAAUCGUGCGGAGAUUACUCUAGUGGGACCAAUCACACUUUACCCACUUACGGUUAUGCCAGACAAUACAGUGGUGUCAACACAGGAACUUUCCAAAAGUUCAUCACUGCUCAAAGCGUUACUCCAGAAGGUCUUGAAAAUAUCGGCCGUGCUGUGAUGACGGUGGCCAAAGUAGAAGGUUUGGACGCACACCGCAAUGCCAUCAAGAUCAGAAUGCAAAAACUGGGACAGCUUCCUGAAAACUUUCAGUGA